GACCACUACAAAGUGUCAGUCUGAUCUUGUUUCUAUGGAACUGAGAAGAAGCUGAAUUAUCUCACUAUAGGAACACACCAUGGGCUCACAAAUCUAUACACCUUUUAAAUUGCCUGCCUAACCUCAUGUUCCAUAAUAUACAGAAUAUUUUCAAGUUGCUGGCUAGUCUCCUUUGAAGACACUUGACAUGUCGGAGCUAUUUAAAGUAACCGAAUCUUUACUCAUCAGCAAUUCUAGAGCUGCUUGCCAGAAGAAUCUUCUCUUGCAGGAGGGAGUGACAUGUUGCAUAAAUGUUUCCAGGCGACAACCGUUCCCGGACUUUAACCUCCAUACUCUUCGUAUCCCAGUGUUUGAUCAUCCAUUGCAAAACAUUUCUGAUCACUUUGCACAGUGCGUGGAUCUGAUAGAAAGCACUAUAACCAGUGGGGGGAAGUGCCUGGUCUAUUGUAAAAACGGGCGCAGUCGCUCUGCCACAGUCUGUAUAGCAUAUUUGAUGAAACAUAAAAAUCUAUCACUGGAUGAUGCCUUUCAGGUAUUUCUGAAUAACAAGAAUAUAUAUAUAUUUUUUGUAUUUAUUUUAUUUUAUUUUAUUUAAAUUUGACAUAGUGUGUAUGCCUUGCUCACAUGUCAAUAUUAAACAAAAUCCCUUUUUGAACGUUUUUGACAAUAUAUAAAUUAUGAGAUAACAUUCCUAAAAGUAGAGCAAUCUUCAUUGAAACCAAUGUUAAAACUCAUUUGUCCAAUUUUAGAACCCAGAAUUCCUCUUUAUGUGUACAAUCCUAUUUUCUGCAAUUCGGGGGAUUUUUGUUUUUUAGUUAUUACCUAAUGAAAUAUCACCACAAACAUUCUAUUACUAUUACUUUAUAUGGUGAUUGCUUGAACUAUAGUACUACGUAUUUAGUUGUUUACCUCAUAAUUGCAUCAUGUUCACCGUGUUAAUUACAUUUCCUUACAUCUGGAGUACCUUGAAUUUCCUGCUUUUUGUAAUGUCUGAAUUUUUAUUAAAAGUUGAAACAGUGUAGAAGCAAGUAGUAGGAAACUCUCUGAGCAGAUUUACCACUACAGUGUAUUACAUGAUUUGAUUGACUAGAGCAGUGGUAGUCAACCUUUUUCCACUUACCGCCCACUAAUGCAUCUUUCUUGAUGGAAAAAUUUCCUUACCGCCCACCAGUUUUCGCGCAAGCGCGGAAUAUUUUUUAGAAAGGAGGGUGUUUUAAAAAAUACAUAAAUGAACGUACAUUUAUCUUUUUAUUUCUACUUUAUGCAUGUUUAUAAUGUUUUUAACUUUAUAAAGUUUAAUGAGGAAGCAAUAAAGUAAAUUGAACUUACCUUUACUAGUGAUUAAUGAGAUCCUUGAGGUUGAUGCUGCGAGACUAAAUAUUUGAUAUCUGGUUCGAUUUUCAUAAGGAACAAACGAAGGUCUCCUCUUUCAGUGAUAAUCGGAAGACUUCUUUGUUUGCUCAUAAAAUGAUUUCUCAUCUGUGCGUCAGCUCCCCUCCUCUCCCUCCUCAAUUCCCCUUCCCACCUUUUUCCCCUUUUUUCUAUUUUUUAACCUUCCUUAUAGCAAUGCCCAGUAGGAAGGCUGAGCUAGGUAGCCCACUUACUAUUAUUAGUCAACAACAAUUCUCUCCUUUUCCUUUUCUUUCCUUCUCCUUUUUUACAAGUACUCUACUCCUUCUUUCCUCUAUACUAGAAGUACUCUACUCCUUCUUUCCCCUAUACUAGAAGUACUCUACUCCUUCUUUCCCCUAUACUAGAAGUACUCUACUCCUUCUUUCUCCUAUUCUACAAGUACUCUGCACCUUCUUUCUUCUAUUCUACAAGUACUCUGCUCACAGGCAAACACAUACACACACACACACUCACAUUGAAACACAUACACACAAAUAUACACAUACUCACACAUGCACUUACAGACACUCACACAUGCACAGACAGACCCACAGACACACACACACUUACUGACACACACACAUACACUUACAGACAGACACAUACACUUACAGACAGACACAUACACUUACAGACAGACACAUACACUUACAGACACAGACACACACAUACACUUACAGACACAGACACACACAUACACUUACAGACACAGACACACACAUACACUUACAGACACACACACAUACACUUACAGACACACACACAUACACUUACAGACACACACACAUACACUUACAGACACACACACAUACACUUAGAGACAAACACAUGUACACACAAAUUAUUAAUAUUAAAUAUCCACCCAGCCUCCCUACCUGGAGAGCUGGUGUGGAUCUGUCCCUGGGGUCCAGUGGGGCUUCACUUAGGCGGGCGGCUAAUCAGACGCAGCGAGGGAGCUCUAACCUCUCUGCUCUGCUCCCUCACGGACUGUCUACGGAUGCCGGGAGCCGGAAUAUGACAUCAUAUUCCAGCUCCCGCGGCAUCAGCAAACAUCGCGCGAGGGAGCAGAGCAGAGAGGUUAGAGCUCCCUCGCCGCGACUGAUUAGAACGCUGCCAUGCCGGGGGUCCAGAAGGUGGCCUGGCAGGAGGGAGCGCUUCCUCCUGCCGGUCACUGAAGACUUGCGCAUGCAGAGCCGCUCGCGCCCGCCCAAAAGGAGAAAUCCUCUUAAAAAGAGGAUUUAGCCUCAGAAAUCCCUACCGCCCACCUGGAAUCCUAAAACGCCCACUAGUGGGCGGUAGGGACCAGGUUGACGACCCAUGGACUAGAGUCUCCUGGUACAGUCCCACAAGUUAAUAUCAAACUGUUUAUGAAUGGUUUGUGAUAAACUUCAGUGCAGAGGGAGCACCCUUAUCUCGGCCACGCUACAGCAAACUUUACUGGUUAGGUUUCUUAGAGGGCCAUUUAAAAGAAACCAUUAAUUGUGGAAGUGUGAACCCUAGCUUGAAUUGUGGGUGGUUUGUAAUAAAUAGAGCCACCUUUUUCAUGCUAAUACCAUUAUGGCCUGGGUCAAACUAUUUAAUCAUGACUCUAUCCUUUAUGACAAUCACAAAUGUGUGCCAAAUAAUUUAUAGUAUUAUUAAUGGUUUCCUAGAGGAAAAUGAAAUGUUUAUGAAGAAAAUAGUGUCAAGAGAUAUGAGUGAGCUGGAAUAUGGAAGCACAUAUAAUGAGCAACGUUGUUUACUCAUUGUACAUUUAUCAUUGUCCAGUCUCCCCAGCUAUGUAACAAUAUACCAUAAUACUGAUCUCAAGAGUGGUAUAAUGGUGACACAUUAUUUUACUUGCAUUGAACAGUUGUAAGCAAGGACAGUAAGUGUGAGGCAAGUUGCAAAUAUAUUAAAUUAGGUAUUUCAUGUUUCAUACAGGUAGUUAAAGCAGCAAGGCCAGUAAUAGAACCAAACUCAGGAUUCUGGUCCCAACUGAAAGAGUACGAAAAAUCCCUGCAAGGAAAUGAGGAUACAAAUGUUGACUGGACUCAAUAUAUGGAGAUGAGCAGCAGUACCUAGAAGGCAAACUGGAUAGCAUUAUGCAGUUGUAGAAGAUUAACCAGUUGAACCUGUGUGCACAUUUUUAAUCUGUUUCUGAAAACUCUCCCUUUAAAUUGUUUUUCAUCACUGGUGCCCAGGCUCCUUCUUUUUACUCACUGACAUCAUAUGUUGAAUUCUAGAUUCCUCACUGAGCUAUCCAAGUAUUUGUACACACAACUGCGUCUUCCUUUCAACUCCGUCUCCUUUACGUGCAGGAGCUGUGAACGCAUGCAGCACAGUAUCCUGCCUAGCUUCAAAGGAGCAAGUCUACAUAUGAUGUCCAAUGCUUUAGAUCAGCGUUUCCCAAUUGGUGUUCCACUGAACCCUGGGGUUCCGCGAGAACACAAAUGGGGUUCCACCAAAAUUUCUGAAAACAAAAUGGCCGCGGGCAGCAGUGGAGAGUGAUCUCCCUCGCGCGCAUAGCGGCUCCAGCAUCACUAACAGGCGCUAAAGGGAGCUGAGCAGGGAGAUCACUGCUCCCUCGCCGCACCCACGCCAGCCACUCAGCAGCCUCACUGGACCCCAGAGACUGCACGCCAGCCGCUCAGCAGUCCCACUGGAUUCCAGGGACCGCACACACCAGCCGAUCAGCAGCCCCACUGGACCCCAUGGACCACACGCUCAGCCCAAAGGUAGGGAGGCUGGGUGGAGUGUGUCAGUGUGUAUCUGUGUGCCAAUAUGUGCCAGUGUGUGUAUCUGUGUGUCAGAAACACAGAAACACAUUGACACAGAGAAACACACUGGCACAUACAAACACAGAUACACACAGCUUAACACACACCGGCACAUACAAACACAGAUACACACACUUUGACAGAGAGAUACACACACAUUGACACACAGAUACAUACACACACACACUGACACAUUCAAACACAGAUGCACACACUUUGACACACAGAUACAUACAUACAUAUACACACACACACAGACGGUGUGUAUCCAUGUGUCAGUGUGUGUAUCUGUGUUCCACUAUGUGCCAGUGUGUGUGUAUCUGUGUGUCAGAUGCAAACAAACACACAGAUACACAUUAACACACAAAGACACACACCGGCACAUACAAAACACUGUGCAAUUAUUAUUUUUUUUACCGGGGGGAGUUAGGGGGAGUUAGUUAUACAGUUUGUCAAAGGGUUCCACUGGAAAAAUUAAUUGGGAACUCCUGCUUUAGUCAGUACAGUGGGAAAUUAGACUAUGACAUCACUGGGAGAAAAUGACAUAAGAGUGCAAGGAUUUAAGUCAUAUGAUUUCAGGUUUGUUAGCACCUUAACAAAACUACAAUAACCUGGAGUGAUUAUGGUGCUUGGAGCUUUACUCAAGUCUAAUGCGCACCUGUUUUGGAAAAUAAAGUUUCCAAAAUUUGAAUGUGCAUUAUAUUUGAUGGCUCAUUCUGGCUAAUUAAAACUGGUGAAUUCAAACUAGUGACCUAAAACUGGUGAAUGCAAACACACAAAUUGAAACACAUGAAUUCAAACUCACAAAUUGAAACACACAAAUUAAAACUGAAUUCAAAUAGGCAAAUUCACACAGACAAAUGUAAUUCUUGAAAAAGGGCUUAAGAAAGAAUAGACUUAAAGGACAACUAUAGUGCCAGAAAAACAUACUCGUUUUCCUGGCACUAUAGUCCACCCUCAGGGUCCUACUCCCGUGGCGCUGAAGAGGGAGGAAGGGGGUUAAUCCCUUACUUUUUUUCCAGCGCCGGUCUCCCUCUGCGCUGGGACUCUCCUCCCUCUUCUGAUGUCCCUGGCUGAAUGCGCAUGUGCAGCAAGAGCCAUGCGCGCAUUCUGCUAGUCCAUAGGAAAGCAUUCUGAAUGCUUUCCUAUGGACGCUGGCGUCUUAUCACUGUGAAAAUUACAGUGAGAAGCGCGGAAGCGCCUCUAGCGGCUGUCAAUGAGACAGCCACUAGAGGCUGGAUUAACCCAUAGGUAAACAUAGCAGUUUCUCUGAAACUGCUAUGUUUAUAGCAAAAAGGGUUAAACCUAGCUGGACCUGGCACCCAGGCCUAUAGUGGUCCUUUAACAUGUAAUAUUAAAAUUCCAUCAAUGUUUCUAUCGUAUAUGGCAAUGAACAUUUUCAUUAUAGCAGUUUUAUAGUAGUGAUUUCUUGUAUAAAUACGCAUUAUAUUUUCCAGCAAAAAUAUUUUUCAGCUUCCAGGUUUCAUAAAUUGAGGUGCACAUUACAUUCAAGUAAUUGCAGACAAUGAACUGAUGAUCAUUUUGGUGGUGGCACUCAGGCCGAGAACUGUAGGACUGGAUAGUUUUCCUCUAAAUCUUAUACAAUAUGUUGGACUUUCUAUGAAGCUGCAUUUUGUUGAAUUCAUAGACAAUUAAUUUUUUUUUUUAACAGGGCUACUAUAGGGACUAAUACAAAUUUAGCUUAAUGAAACAGUUUUGGGUGUAUUGUGGGGGGCGAGGCUCAUCUUCCUGUCCACCCGUACCUCCCAUGCCUCACCCUUCUGUCAGUCCCUACAUUGGCUUCCUGUAAGAUAUAGGGCUCAAUUUAAAAUUCUGGUUCUUGCUUUCAAAUCUUUACAUAAUGCUGCUUCCACCUAUCUAUCCUCCCUUAUACACAAGUAUGUCCCGUCUAGGCCCUUACGAUCUGCUGAAGACUUACCUAUCUUCUGUCCGUACUCCCACCUCUGAUGUUCGCCUUCAAGAUUUCUCGAGGGCUGCACCGUUCCUGUGGAACUCGCUUCCCUCCUCCGUUAGAUGCUCACCCAGUCUCCACUCCUUCAAAAAAUCGUUAAAAACCCACUUCUUCAUAAAAGCGUAUAAAUUAAACUGUUAAUAGCUCCUGACUGAUUCCUCUUCUGCAACUGUCAG